AUGCUAGAGAGGCUGGCGUUGAGCUCACAGACGCAGAAAAUGAACUAUACGAUAGACAAAUUCGACUUUGGGGCUUGGAAUCCCAAAAGAGCUAGAAACGUUAUCAAGUACAAGGUGAUAUCAAAGCCGAAUGAGAAGGUUAAAUAUGAAACGGUAUCCACCCCAGUGCAACGCGAAGUCGAGUACCCAUCGUAUUCCAAUUGGCUCGACUUCAAUAUCAAUGCUCCCAACUAUCAACGCAAGUUGAAACGUGAUGGUCCAGGCAUUAUACUGUUGCGCGUUCUACAAAACUUUCGCAGCACAUAUAAGCGUGAUCCCAACUAUAAGACAAGACUGGCAGACAUUGCUUUGCUGGAGCAAAUCCGAGAUGACCUUGUGCCGAACUCUGCACUGUCUAGCGAUACACUUGGCUUACUUUUUGCGCAGAUAUCGCCAGCAGUCGCUGUCGUUGGUGGCGUUGUGGCACAGGAGAUUAUUAAGGUGGUCACCAAAAUGGAAGCUCCACAUCGAAAUUUAUUUAUAUUCAAUCCAGAAACUUGUAUGGGCUAUGUGGAGCAAAUUGGUGUCCACUAAAAUAAGCCAAUAAUAUUACAUGAAUAAAUUGAAAUUCCUUCAUUU